GGAAACUCUCUCUCUUUAACUCUCUUUCUUUCUCUCUCUCUCCCUCUUGCUCUCUCUUCCUUUACACUAUAUAAGUAUGGUGUUUGGAUUGUGUGUCAGACAGAGUCAAGGAAUACUACAGUGUAGGACAGAUGAAGAGGGGCACAAUUCCUGUGCCCCACCCCCUGCCCCCACCCCCCUCUCCCCGGGAUUGGCUGAUGUGAUGGUCACCGUACAGGAUCUACAGGAUGUUUGACAGCCCUUCCCAUUGACCCAAGCUCCAGGAUGCUCAUGGUGCCCGUCGGAAGUGGCCAACCUCACCACGCCGUGCCUGUGGCCUGCUCCCUCACCUGUUCCUGGCUCCUGCUAUUCUUUCAUGCCGCCUUCAGCCAGAAGCCUGCCAAACUGCCCCUGGUGGGCCGCAAGCCCUUCAUCGCUGCCUGGAACGCACCGCUGGACCUGUGCACUGUCAAGUACAAUGUCCACACCAACCUGGAGCACCUCUUCCACAUUAGUGGCAGUCCGCGGGCCGUCCACACUGGCCAGAACGUUACCAUUUUCUAUGCCAACCGGCUGGGCCUCUACCCUUUCUACACGGACCACAGCAUCCCUAUCAAUGGAGGCCUGCCCCAAAACUGCAACAUGAAUGACCAUCUCCUCAAGGCCUACAGGGAUAUCAACCAUUUUAUCCCCUCGGAGGACUUUGCCGGUCUGGCGGUCAUUGACUGGGAGUUCUGGCGCCCACAGUGGAACCGCAACUGGCACAAGAAAGACAUUUACCGGCGGAAGUCCCGGGAGCUGAUCACACAGGCCUAUGUUAACGUGACUUCAUCACAAAUCGAAGAGCUGGCGAGCAAACGCUUUGAGAAGAGUGCCCGGGCGUUCAUGCAGAAGACUGUCCAGCUAGGGACGUUCCUUCGCCCCAACGGACUCUGGGGCUUCUACCUCUAUCCGGACUGCCACAACUACAACCUGUAUGAGCACAACUACACAGGGUCCUGCCCUCUGCUGGAGAGCCUGCGUAAUGACGAACUGCUCUGGUUGUGGAACAGCAGCACAGCAUUGUUUCCCUCAGUGGCUAUCAGGAAGAGCCAAACAGACAGUGUCAGCAACCUCCAUUUCUCCCAGUUUAGGGUGCUGGAAUCUCUGAGGAUAGCUGGGCUCACCUCACACGGCUAUGAUCUGCCCACAUUCGUGUACACACGCCUGGGCUACAGAGACGAGGCAAUGGCCUUCCUCACCACGAAAGACUUGAUCCACACCAUUGGGGAGAGUGCUGCUCUUGGUGCGGCUGGUUUUGUGAUCUGGGGAGACCUCAACCUCACCUCAUCCAGACACAACUGCACAAAGGUGAAGUCUUUCCUGAACCAGCGCCUGGGUCAGUACAUCACCAAUGUGACACGGGCUGCAGAGGUCUGCAGUGACUUCCUGUGCCAGAGCAACGGCCGCUGUGUCCGCAGGAACCUCCACGCCCCGUACUACCUCCACCUGAGCGGAGACAGCUACCACAUCCAGCCCUCAGGGGACGGAGACUUUGUGGUCACUGGCUGGCACUCGCAGCACGAGCUCCAACUACUGGCCGAGAGGUUCCGCUGUCACUGUUAUGAGGGACACACCGGGGAGAAGUGUGACAGCCUGAACAAGGUGGUGGAAGAAGAGGAGGAAGAGGAGGGGGGAGAGGGGGAGGAGGAGCACAGGGAAAGUGCGGCUUCACGAACUGGGAACACCCUUGGCUUGGUGGUGUUGCUCCUCCUAUUGAACUGAUAUCCUUAGUGGGGACUGUUGUAUGAUGAUAGCACUUUAAGUGCCGUGUGUUAUUUGCGGUAGGGGAGAAAGAGCUUGAAGUCACUUCCAUGGGACACUGCUUUCAUGCAAUACUGUGUCAUUUUUCAACUGGGGUCCUUCACUAUAAUGGGUAAAACUUUACUUGAAGGGUACCACCUUGUCAGCUCAGGGAUUGAAACUAACAACCUUUCAGUUACUGGCCCAAUGCUCAAACUGCUAGGCUACCUGCCACCCUAAAUGCUUAUUCUGUCAUCAAACCUACUUUAUGGUUUCAUUAAGUCUUACUAAAUAUUAGGAUCAAUAUAAACUGUGGACUGUUUUUUGCUCCAGUCUCCCCUAAUACUGUGCAGUUUCAUCUAGCAAUAAGCUUGGUAUUUCCACAACGCAAAGUUUAUUAUUUUUUUAACCGUACGCUAUCAUUGAAUGCUAAUUAAUUUGAACGGAUUAUCUAAUUUGACUACUGGAGGAACAAUAAAGUUUUAAAAAGUUCCUUGGCACAGCGCAAUUUGAAAAAGCCUUUAACAAGUUGGUGUAUCUCCAUGGAAAAGUUUCCGAACCACAUCACGUUUGGGCCUUCCCAUGGCCUUCCACAGGCAGCACUGUUUAGUAGGCAACAUAUAGGAGCAUUGUGAAACAGAGGCGCUAUGGAGGGUGCCAGCUGUUUCCUUCCCACACCUUUUUGCAAACAUUGGUGUUCAAGUUGUAUUUAAACUGGACAUCUCAUCGAUCCACAGGUGUAUGUUCAAAAGAACCCAAAGCCUUUACGUAUCACUCUGACAUUAAAGCUCAGGUAGGCAGGGGUUAACACUGAGCAGCAAUGAAAGAGACAAGGUAUGUAAUGUCAACACCUUUUGCCUGUCCUCCUUAGUUAGUAGUUUACUGUAGGAGAGUUACAAGGUAUUGUCUUGCAACACCAAAGUGAAUGUUUUCUACCCAGGUUACUCUUGAAAUGUGUGAAACUGUAAAAUCAUUUUGAUGUACAAUUGUUAUGCUAAACUAGACUGUAAAACCAUUAUGUAUAUGGACUAUAUGUUAUUUUAAUGUAAAGAACAGAUAUGUUUCAAAUCUUGUAUUCAUGUUGUUCUUUACCCAUGCACGAUGGCACUGUACAAAUGUACUCCAGAUGUUCUUUCUGUGAAGCACCAAGGGCUAGAGUCAUAAUUGACUUGGCAUCAAUAUAAGGCAUGUCAGCAUUUUGAUAGCCGCCAACAUUUCUUUUUGGAUUGCUUUACUCACUUUUUGUUCAUGUUUUAUGUGUAUGAACAAGUGGCUCAUAUAAGUAGUUCAUACAAUAUAUUUCAUUAUGUCUACUGACUGUGGUUUUACUGUAGACAAAUCCAUCUCAAUGUGGAUGAUUUCAUCAUCUCAGCUAUAGUAGCCCCGUUGUGCUUUUGCCUAGACUGCACUUAAGAUUCCAAGAUUGUAAACCAAAUACACAAGGAUUAUAUGCAACAUAUGACACGUGUUGCUUGAAUGUAGAUGAACUGCAAAAAAUAAAAAAUCAAUCAUUUUGGAUACAUCAAUUUGUUUCUACAUUCUGCUUCAAAGCUAAGAAACUUAAUUAAAUGGCAUUUUAUGGAGGCUGAUAUCAAGAAAUAAACAUGGAUGACUAUUUUCCGAUUGACAAUGUAUCAUUGAAGAUUCUCCAUUGAGAAUGGUUUUUAAUCGGCCCUUAGUAGCCCUUUAACAGUCCCUGAAAGUGGCCCUGAAAGUGGCCCUGAAAGUGGCCCUGAAAGUGGCCCUGAAAGUGUCCCUGAAAGUGGCCCUGAAA